AUGGCUAUAUUUGAAAUCUUUCUUUCUGCAUUCUUCUCUACGUUGUUUAAGAAGAUGGCUUCUAGAGAGUUGUGGGACUUUGUCUGCCAAGAGGGUAUUGAGGAUCAAUUCGAACAAUGGAAGAAAACGCUAUCAAAAAUUCAGGCAGUACUUGCUGAUGCUGAGAAAAAACAAAUAGUAUCAAAAGUUGUGACUUCGUGGCUGGAAGAUCUCCAGGAUUUGGCCUAUGAUUUGGAUGACCUGGUGGACGACUUCGCUACUGAAGUUCUGAAACGCAAGCUGAUGGCAGGGACUCAAGCUAGCACUAGCAAGGCAUGGAACUUCAUCCCUACUUGUUGUACUAAUUAUGAGCCAAGUACUGUCCUAUUUAAUGCUCAAAUGAAGUCCAAGAUAGAUGCAAUCACUAGCAGAUUAAAUAACAGCUUCAACCAAAGCUCGGGACUUAAUUUGGAGACGAUUGUGGAAACAACCUCUGUUCAAGGUGCUUGGCGAAGACCCGAGACUACAUCAUUGUUGAAUGAGCCUCAAAUUUAUGGCAGGGAACAAGAAAAGAAACGGAUAAUUGAGUUGCUUCUCGAAGACAACCCAAGUCAGAGCAAAUUUGGUGUAAUUCCCCUGGUAGGCAUGGGUGGAGUCGGCAAGACCACCUUGGCUCAAUUAGUGUUCAACGAUGAAAAAGUGAAGGAACAUUUUGAUAUGAAAGCCUGGGUUUGUGUAUCAGAUGAGUUUGACAUCAUGAGAAUCACAAAGGUAAUUCUGGAGUCAGUGACUUCCCGAAAGUGUGAGUUUACCAGCUUGGAUAAAGUUCAAGAACAAUUAAUAAAUUCUUUCAAGGGGAAGAAGUUCUUAAUUGUUCUAGAUGAUAUCUGGAAUAAAAAUCUUGGCAAUUGGAUGGCUUUGAAAAGCCCAUUUAACCAUGGUGCCCAAGGGAGUAAAGUCCUGGUGACAACCCGCAACAAGGACAUCGCUAUGAUGAUGGGGACAGUUAAAGAUCUAGGGGUUGGCCUCCUAUCUGAUGCAGAUUGCUGGUCAUUACUUGAGCAACAUGCCUUUGGUAAUAGAAGUAUGGAUGCAAAUCCAAAGUUGGAAUCAAUCGGUAGGGAAAUUGCCAAGAAAUGUGGAGGUUUGCCUUUAGCUGCUAGGACGAUAGGUGGUCUUUUACGGUGCAAAGAGAGGGAGGAUGAAUGGGAAGUAGUAUUACAUAGUAAUAUCUGGAAUUUAUCCAAAGAUGAAAAUGACAUUGUCCCGGCUUUGAGAUUAAGCUUCCAUUAUCUCCCUCCGCAUUUAAAGCAAUGCUUUGCAUAUUGUGCAAUAUUACCUAAGGACUAUGAAUUUGAGGAGAAUGAGCUAAUCUUGUUGUGGAUGGCAGAAGGUUUCAUUCAGCAAGAAACAGGACAACAAAUGGAAGAAGUAGGAGCAGGGCACUUUCAAGAACUUGUGUUUAGGUCCUUUUUCCUACCAUCUAAUAGUACAAUUUUAAAAUUUGUAAUGCAUGACCUCAUCAAUGAUUUGGCUUAUGAAGUUGGAAAAAAUUCAUGUUUCAGACUAGAGGACGUCCUAAGGAAUGGGGAGCAGCAUGGAAGUCUAAUGAAGGCUCGGCAUGCAUCAUAUAUGCAAGGUUAUAAAGAUGGGAUGGAUAAAUUUGAGACCUUCCACAAAGCCAAGAAUUUGAGGACGUUCUUACCCUUUUCCUUGAAGAAUGGUACUUGUUAUUUGACAAGGAGUGUUACCUUUGAUCUAUUGCCAAAGCUAAGCUACUUGAGGGAGUUGAGUUUGAGAAACUAUGCAGUUGAAGAAAUUCCAAGUUCAAUUGGCAAUUUGAAACAUCUACGGUAUAUCGAUCUUUCUUACAGCUGUAUUAAAAGCUUACCAGACUCAUUUGGUAACCUUUACAAUUUGCAAACUCUAAAUUUACAAGGAUGUAGUUGUCUCAUGAAAAUUUCCUUUGACAUGGGGAACCUAGCCAACCUACGCCAUCUUUAUUUUCCUCCUCUAGAAGAAAUGCCACUAGGAAUUGGUAAGCUAACAAGCUUGCAGAUAUUGUCUUCCUUCUUCAUUAGGAAAGGAAAUGGGUCUCGAAUAAAGGAGCUUGGAGACUUGAAUCAUCUUCGAGGGACAGUUUGCAUUUUUGGAUUAGAAAACAUAGUUGAUGUUGAAGAUGCACGGAAUGCCAAAUUGAAAAACAAGCUAAAAUUAAGCAAGUUAUCAAUGUUAUGGAAUAAGACUUCAAGUGAAUUACGAGAUCAAGGUGUAGGAGCAGAGAUGUUUGAUGCUUUACGACCUCCCAAUAAUUUAAGAGAGUUGGAUGUAGAAGGCUAUCAUGGUAUAAGGUUUCCGUGUUGGAUGGGAGAUCCUGAAUUCUCAAGAUUGGUGACCGUAAGUUUGGGCUUUUCCAAGCUGCAAGAACUAAGCUUCGUGGAUAUGCUGGAAUGGGAAGAUUGGCAAACAACUGAAGCUGUCAAGAAAGUUCAGCCCUUUUCUCAUGUCAUUGAAGUCUCAAAGCUCAAUUACCCAUCGCUCGCCUCCGUAUCUAUGAAAGAAGUUCCAUUUCCAAUCCUUUCUAUUGAUGAGAUGGGAAAAGAUCUAGGACACUCUUCCCUUGCCUCUCUAGAUAUUGGAGGCUUUCCAAUUCCUAACUAUUUUUCUAAUCCAGGCAGAGAUGACGAAAUAAUAAAAGAAUAUGAAAAUGACGGGCAAGAGCAGCAACAGCUUGAAGUGUUGCCUAGGCUUGAGUUGCUGUCAAUAGAGACAUGUGACAAGUUAGAUAAAUUGCCGCAGGGAUUGCAGAAUUUCAUGUCUCUUAGAGAUCUAAUUAUACAUGGAUGUUACAAUCUGGUGAAUUUUCCAGAACAUGGUUUUCCUUGUACGUUGAGAAGACUCAAAAUUAAACAAUGUGAUGCUUUGCGGUGGUUGCCUAUAUGGAAUGUGCAAGACAGUAAUCUUGAGGAGUUAGUUGUUGAAUUUUGUGUAUCGCUUGAGUACUUAAUACCAUCAAGUGGUGGGUUACCAUUGACAUUAAAACAUCUUUCCAUUUGGAAUUGUGAAAAGAUGUUUGCGUUGCUAGAAGAGGAGGAAGGACUAGUCAACUUGCCGUGCAUUGAAUCUUUUAAAAUUUCCACUUGUAUGAGCUUAAAAUUCUUGCCAGAUGCCAACUUGCACAAUAGUGGUAGUAAUAAUCUCAACAGGCUGACUGAAUUAUAUAUAUCCAAUUGUGGAAAUUUGGAGCACAUUUCCCAAGCGUGGUUCACCCUUCCAACCAAUCUUACAAAUUUGGAGAUUAGUGAUUGCGAGAAACUACUACAGAAGGAUCUCUUCUCAAAUAUGAGCCUCACUUGUCUUAAAUUGCUCCGUAUUGAAGGAGGAUUUGAAGUCUCGUGUUUGAGGAAGAAAGUGAAUUCAUUUUCCAACCUCACCGAGCUACAUAUGGGAAUGAUGACUACAUGGAUGCCACCAUCAGAGUGGGGUCUAGAUAGACUCUCCUCUCUUGAAGUUCUCGAUCUUUAUGGGCCUAUUGUCAUUGUAGAGUCAGAAUCGAAACAUAUGGAGGUAGAUAAGAAGUGGUCUAGCUUUCCAUUCCAUGGCAUGUUGUUGCCCGCUUCUCUAACCAACUUGGAUAUCGGCAUGGAGACAGAGUUCAAGGUGGAAGUUGAAGCAAGUGGAAAAGUAAGAGAUAAGAACCUGGUGGAUCUGACUGGGGGUGUUGGGAAAGUUGCACUAUAG